AGUACUCAUAUAACCCAAGAUCCGCCACCAGAGUUCACUCUCAUCUCUCUUCAAAGAAAUGGAGACACAACCUCUUAAGAUCUUCUUUACCAUUACCAUCAUCUUCCUCUACCUUCUAGCACACGUCACGUCCAAGGGAUCAUCGUCCCCAUCUCUGUGCAAUGGUUCGGUGGGAGAGUGCAGUAGCGUGGAGAAGACUGAAGAAAUGACGGUGAUUAUGGAGUCAUGGUCAAGCCAGAGAUUGAUGGAGGAGCAGACGCAGACGCUUUCAUACAAAGCUUUGAGGAGGAAUCAGCCUGCUUGCGACGGUGGGAACCGCGGUGAGUCUUACUCCAGCAAAUGUCUUCCUCCGCCGUCUAAUCCUUAUAGUAGAGGCUGCUCUAAGCACUACCGUUGCAGGGAUUCUUGACCAUUCACCAUCAUUAGUAUGAUAUGUUGUUUAAUUGUAUACUCAUGUCCUUUUAUUCCGAUGUUUAUUCAUUUGAAAUGUUUUGGUUUCAAGUGUAAUUUAUGAAAUUGGGGUUUUUGUUAGGUAAAAGAAAGUGUUGGGUCAAAAACAAUUUUCUGAUUAAAGAUUUGGCUAUAUUUAUGUCGGAAAGUUGACUUUUUGACCUAGUCGAUGCCAACUGCUACGCCUCUUUUCUCAAAUUCAAUUGGAGUGCCCAAAAUAAAGUAA